UAGGAGAUCCGGACCACUCUCCCAUUUCCCAAGUUUCACAUUUUCACUAGAUCAGAGAGACGCUGUACUGUAUCAUCCAUCACUCAUCAGACAUCGAGGACGGCGAUUGGCAAAUGGCGAUUCCUCAGCGGUGCAACUGCAAGAGAACAAGAUGAUUACCAAAAUAGUUUGGUAAUUUUGGAGAGGUAGAGGGGGCAUUUGUUUUACCAAAAUGGUUUCCGAUCCCGGAGAAUAUUUCGACUUUCGAGCUCUGAACUGAACUGAUGGAGGAAAAAUAUUCGUCUAGUUUUCUGCGAUCAAGAUGGCUUGCAUCUUAGGCUUCCCGUACCCAAUCUCACCUCCCUCUCCAAAACCAGGAAAACCCCUAACCCUUACAAACUAUUCCAAUUUCAAGUCUUCUAUUCUCUGCCACAAUGCCUCACGAAGUGCGUCUCUCUCCGUACAUUCGUCGGAAGACUUAUCCUCACUGUCAUCUCCACCCCCCGCCAUUACCCCAAAUCCCCAGAUUUUCAGUAAUGCCGUCGCCGGAGCUUCUCUCAUGUCGUCCUUGUUGGUUGCUCUGAUUCUGAUCCUCAAAUUAGGUCGUAAGCGCCAAUUUACUCAGAGGUCGAUCGUUCGUCACAGUAACGAAUCUGUCGAGUUAGGAAAUCGACCUUUCUUGCGAAGGUCAGUUUCUUCCCAUCAUUUCGAAUCUAAAGAUGCUUGUGUUGAUCUUGACUUGAAGUUUGCAAUUCCACCUUCCAUACGAGCUUCUUGUGGUUAUCCACAGCUUAAUUCAUCGUUCCUAGGCUCUGUAAAGUCCUUUAGUGCUUAUCCAUCGGUUUCCAAUGUUCCUUCGCUUGGCAAUGGGAUGAAUCCAGUACCUUUUGACAGUUCGACUCGUAGGUUCCUACUUUGCGGUGUUGAGUCAGUAAGAAAUAGUAGGAAGGUUGAAGGUGAAGUCGUAGUUAAUUUUAGUGCAGAACCAAUCGGUUUCCUGGAUGAACAAGUACAACGGUUUAGUGAAACAAAUGCAAGCAGUUCCAGUCGUAAGCAAGUAUUUCUGCCUAUUACCUCUGUUGCACAUUUGGGGAUUCCCGCUUCAAGUGUGGUAUCUGUUACGGUUAUGAGACAAUAUAAUGAAUCAAAUGCAGGCAAUUCCAGUCGUAAUAAACUAUUUCUACCUAUCAUCUCUGUGCAACAUUUCAAUGAAUCAAAUGCAAGCAACUUCAUUCGUAAUCAAUUGUUUCUACCUAUCUCUAUGCAACAGUUCAAUGAAACAAAUGCGUGCAACUCCAAUCGUAAUAAACUGUUUCUGCCUAUUAGCUCUGCAGGCAAUUCCAAUUGUAGUCAACUGUUUCUGCCUGUAAACCCUGUUGUUUGUUCGGAGAUUCUCGCUUCAAGCUUGAUAUCUGUUGAAGAGAAGGAGAAACUUUCUUAUAAAACAGAAUUCCAAUCAGCUAUUCCGCUAAUUGUUGUGUGGGCAGGAGCUUUUGGGUUACUUACAACAGGAGUGGAUGGGGGAUUGGAAUUGAUUGGUUUUAUUGCUGCCACUAGCUUUUUCCUUUAUGAUAUUCUCUGGGCUUCAAAAAGAAAGCUGUUAUGGGAAGACCUCAUACAAAUCACUGAUCGUGAAAAACUUAUGUGCUUCUUGAAGUCUAGAAACAUUAUAAUGAGAGGCUAAUGAUUUCACCAGGCCACCGUACUUGACAUCCUCGUCCUCGAGGAUGAGGUGAGGAAACUGUUAUGAGUAUUGAGAAGGCCUUCCAUGUUGCAUCCUCUGGAGGCAGUCCUUGCCAUUCGACUAAAGCUUCCCAUACCAGUUUCUGAUGCUGUUUGAUCCAGUGAUAAGCCCAGAUAUGCUUUUGGUUGCAAAAUGGUGUCUCCAUCCUCAUCAAAUUCUGGUGGAGCCGGGGCAAUGCAAUCUGAAGUACCUACAUGUUUUUUCAAUUUUGAUACAUGAAAAACAGGGUGUAGACGACAGGAUUGGGGUAGAGAUAAUGUAUACGCAACUGCUCCAACACGUUUAGUGAUGGGAAAUGGUCCAUAGUAUCUUGGAGAUAACUUGUGCCAGGUUUUUCGCCCCAGUGAAGCUUGUCGAUAAGGAAGAAACUUCAAAUAAACCAAAUCACCUAUGUUGUAUUCA